GAUUAGCGGUUCAUAUCUUGAUUUGUUAAACGGACCAAUUGGCGGCCGGACGAUCGAGAUUCGAUCGGUUUGACGCAACGUUUCUCGAUAAUUUUGUGUUGUUCGCGGUAACAGCAAAUUAGCCAAGAGUGGAACAACACGCGUGUGUCUAUUUCUUUCCGAGUGAACGUGUCGCGGACGAUACACGUGACGAUUCUUUUCCUGAUAUGCUUGCGGUGCGUCGUUUUCGAGAUCGUCGACGCUACACUUCGUAGUUCCUUGCGAUAAUUCGAAUCCACAUUGACGAUUAACAUGGCGACGGUGACUGGCGAGGCAAAGCUCGACGCAAGUAUCAUCUGUUGCGAUUUAUUAUGUACGAUGACGCCACGUACAAUGUGGAUCCUCAACAAGUUGAGGGUGAGAUGACAGUAGGCACGAGACAGAAAUCAGUCUUGGGAGAACCUGAAUUCAAUACAUUAGAUGAACCCAUCAAAGACACAAUUUUGAGGGAUGUUCGAGCAGUAGGCAAGAAAUUUUUCCAUGUUUUGUAUCCUAAAGAGAAGAAAAGUCUACUCAAAGAUUGGGAUCUAUGGGGACCAUUAAUAUUGUGUACAUUUAUGGCAAUGAUAUUACAAGGUUCUGACACGGCAGACAAUUCAAAUGAUGGAGGUCCUGAAUUUGCAGAAGUAUUUGUCAUUGUAUGGAUUGGAUCUAUGAUUGUUACGUUGAAUUCAAAAUUAUUAGGUGGAAAUAUAUCUUUCUUCCAAAGUGUUUGUGUACUUGGAUAUUGCCUAUUGCCAAAUGCCAUUGCACUAAUUAUAUGCAGAAUCAUUUUAAUAGCUAAUCAAACCAAUUUGUUGACUAUUCUCAGAAGCGUAAUCUCUACUAUUGGAUUCUUUUGGGCAACAUAUGCAUCUAUGGCAUUCCUUGGAAACAGUCAACCUGCAGGGAGAAAAGCAUUAGCGGUAUAUCCGAUUUUUCUCUUUUACUUUGUCAUAUCGUGGUUAGUUAUGUCCCACACUAACAAUUAAUCCGUCACAAGACUGUACAUUGCUCUGGCCUUUCUGCACGAAUUCCAAAGAAGAAAGGAAGAGAAGCAAGUAUCUCACAUGAUAUUUUCCAAGCUCAUAUUUGGAUAUAUAUUCCAAUACCGUGCUUUUCUGAAUAAUAAUACAUACAUGCGUAUAUACA